GUGAGAGUCGAGCGAUUCUUUUGUCAGUGGAGUCUCCAUUUCCCUUCCGUUCUUUGUCUCUUUUUCUCUCUAUCUUUCCUAAUUCCUUACAAUCUCCUCCUUAUCAAAUAACAUCCUUGAACAUUUUACUCACGUUCUCAUAAAGAAAGCUUAAAUUUGUGCUCAUUAUUAUUAAAGAUUCCAGGAGCGAAGUAAUCAUUAUUGCUACCUACUUGUAUGACAAAUUCUUUCUCGCUGUAAUAUAGUAUCAUGUUACCGAUAAGCGAGUCUUCCUUUGAACUUACAAUAUUGCGGUUUUCUAUAUGCAUAUACAUUUUUUACAUAUGUAGGGUGGAUCAUUAAUGUUGGUCAUUGAGAAGAAACAAACAUCAUUCCAUUAAUUAAUUUGCGACCGAAGCGAGCGGCAAAGUAAAUUCCUUUCCCUAAUUACUCUCUUAUGAGAAAACAAAAUAUUGGAGGAAUCAGUUUAACUAAUAUUGUCAGAUAACAUAAUUAUACGCUUGCGUACAAAAAUAAUUAAUUAAUCAGAUAAUAAUAAUAUAAUAAAAUAAUCAGAAAUUUCUAAUUUUAAACAUAUAAAAGGACUUAAAUGGCGAUAGAAAUGUGACAAAAUAUAUUUUCUUUAGAUAUUUUAUUAAACAUAUCGUCGAUUAACAAUCUAUUGAUUUUAUAUGCGCGAUAAUGUUAGAUGAAAUUUAAUUCCUAUAUUAAAGACGUUAUUAUUUUUGCAAUAUCUUUGUAUACUGGCAACCACGAACUGAUUCCUCCAGACGUAAGACGUAGGACUUAAGGAAACACGUCGAUCUAUGCCGGUUGGCUCAGAUAGAUUCUAGAGUGAUCCUUGAAUUAGGUCGAUGACCGUGUUCGCCGAAACAAACGUGGACGUCGACCUGCGUAUGCUACGUUCCUUCAGGGUCCUCAGACCGCUAAAGCUGGUUUCGAAAAUUCCAAGUGAGUCAGUCAGAGUUCUGAGUCCACAAGAACAGCAGCGAUUAAUAAGCAUCCAGAUUACAAAAACCAAAAUGCCAGUAACAAUCGAGCUAACAGUCAAGCGCAGACGACUUACCCUCUUUAACAUUCUUGCGAUCUUUUGUUUUCCGUCCUCCACGUUGUAUUCCCCGGCAAUUUGUGUACGUUCUCAUAGUUACAAGCAUAGUGUCUCCGGUACCGAAACUUAGUUCGAGUUUCCAGUUUCGGCCGGUCCCGCUGCUUUAGUCAUAGCUGGUGCGACGUCUAAUGUUCUUGGAUACGAAAGAAAGGCAUCAACUUGAAUUCUAUAUAUAUUUUUACAUUAUUAGCUCCUGUCCUCUUAGUCUUUCUAGUCGCGUUAGUCUUCUUAAUCGCGUAAUUACGUACGAUAUUACUUACCUUCGCUUAGCGGCUAUGGGUGUCUUAGAUCAGUUGACAAAGUUAGAGUUGAUGAUGGAUAAAGCUAGUUGAUGAUCAGAUACUUGUUGAAUAAUGAUUUAUAUGUACAUUUGAACUCUCCUUGUGUCUAUAGGUAUAUUUUGAUAUUUCGUCUAGAUGUAUAUAUUUUAUUCUCUUCUCUUAUAGGGAACUUGCGUGAACUAGCAAUUAGAAUUGAGUUUAGAUUUACAAUCUUACUUAUUAUUACUCUUACUUACUUAUUCUUACUGUUACAUGUACGCUACUCAAAUUUGAAGAAAACGCAGUUGUAUACAGGCAUACACACAACUACUUAUAUAUAAAUAUAAUUAUAUGUAAAUAUAAUAAUAUUUAUUAAAUUUUUAUAACAUAAUGUCUCUUUUGUAAUACAGUUUUGCCAAUCGUGUAAGUUAUUAUUAACAAUGCAUAAAAUAGAAAAUGAAUAACAACGAGAGAAAAAGAUUAACAACUAUUAUACAAUUUUAUCCAGUAUAAUAAACCUAUUGUCAUUUUUGUGAUAUAUGUACAACAGACAAAAUAAUGCAUUAGUAAUUUUUACAUUUACAGUUAAGACAUUUCCGUAUGCCUAGAAAGAUGAUCACGAGCAGUUUGAGCACUAUUAGUCGCCAUAAUUAAGAUUGAAGUUAAUUACUGCGCUUAUUAAUUGGCAAUAAACCAGAUAUCUGUAAGGAAAAAUUUUAUUCAUAAUUUAAUAAUUUUCAAGGCAUUCCAAGAAUUUUCUUUAGAAUAACGAAACAAUCUAAUUUGGUCGAAUCACCCUGAAUACUUGAAAGAUGCGCACUUAUAAACAGAUAAACGAAAAAGGAAAAAA